AUGGGUUGGUCCCUUCAGGCUCUGCUCUGGUUUGAGGCCCAGGUGCUGCUCUCCCUGUGGGCCAAGCCGGUCUUGCAAAGUCCCAAUGCCUUCUAUUACCAGGACCUCACCAACGGCCUCAACAAAAAAGAUGCAAGUGGAGUGCAGCUGCAUAUAGACUCGGCUCAGUCCACAGUAAAUGCUCAGCAGGGCGGACAUGCCACUCUGCCCUGUCGCUUCUGGUUUGAGCCCGACCUGAGUCCUCCAAAACAAGUCCGGAUCAAAUGGUCCAAAGUGUCCUCCUCCAGAGAGCCCGAGACUGAUGUGCUGGUGGCCAUUGGGGCCCGGAGCCGCAGCUAUGCACACUACAGUGGGCGUGUACACCUGAAGCAGGACUUAGAAGGAGAUGCCUCAUUGGUCAUCUCUGCUCUGCAGCUCAAUGACACAGGCCUUUACCGCUGUGAGGUGGUGGGGGGCCUGGAGGACCAAAGCACCUCCAUCUAUCUGGAACUACAAGGGGUGGUGUUCCCAUACCAGCACCCUCAGGGCCGAUACCACCUUAGCUUCGGGGGGGCUCAGCAGGCCUGUGCCGAGCAGGAUGCGACCCUGGCCACCUUCACCCAACUGUACGAGUCCUGGAGAGAGGGGCUGCACUGGUGUAAUGCAGGCUGGCUGGCAGAUGGCACCGUGCAGUACCCCAUCACCCAUCCCCGUGCAAAAUGUGGGGGGCCCGGAGUGGUCCCUGGAGUUCGCAGCUAUGGCAAGAGACAUCCACACCAGCACCAGUACGAUGUGUUCUGCUUCUCCUCGGCCCUCCCAGGUGCAGUGUUCUACCUGCAGCCGGCACACAGGAUGAGCCUGGAAAAGGCAGAGCGGGCCUGUGAAAAACAGGGAGCAGUCAUCGCUAAAGUGGGACAGCUAUAUUCUGCCUGGAGGUUUCAGAGCUUGGAUCACUGUGAGGCUGGCUGGUUGGCCGAUGGCAGCGUCCGUUAUGCCAUCACCAAACCCCGUAAGAACUGUGGGCCCCUAGAGCCAGGGGUGCGCAGCUUUGGCUUCCCCCCUCCACAUCACAAGUAUGGGGUGUACUGUUACAAGGCGCACCAUGGAUGA